GGGAGCAAUUAACGUCUGGGUCCCGGCAAACAUGAGGCAGCUGUCCGCGCGGCCGGCAGUCCCGUUCUCCUCGGCUGCGCGGAGGGGAAGCCGGAGGGGAAGCCGGCAACAGUUUUCUCGGUUGUCCAGGAUGCAGCGGGCCAAGGAGGUGAUGAAGGUGUCCGACGGCAGCCUCCUGGGGGAGCCGGGGCGCACUCCGCUGAGCAAGAAGGAGGGCGUGAAGUGGCAGCGGCCGAGGCUCACCCGGCAGGCCCUGAUGCGCUGCUGCCUGGUCAAGUGGGUCCUGUCCAGCGCGGCCCCACAGGGCUCAGAUAGCAGCGACAGUGAGCUGGAGCUGUCCGCAGUGCGCCACCAGCCAGAGGGGCUUGACCAGUUGCAGGCACAGACCAAGUUCACCAAGAAGGAGCUGCAGAGCCUCUACAGGGGCUUCAAGAACGAGUGCCCCACAGGCCUGGUGGACGAAGACACGUUCAAACUCAUUUACUCACAGUUCUUCCCUCAGGGAGAUGCCACCACCUACGCACACUUCCUCUUCAACGCCUUCGACGCCGAUGGGAACGGGGCCAUCCGCUUUGAGGACUUUGUGGUUGGUCUCUCCAUCCUGCUGCGAGGAACAGUCCAUGAGAAGCUCAAGUGGGCCUUUAACCUCUAUGACAUUAACAAGGAUGGCUACAUCACCAAAGAGGAGAUGCUGGCCAUCAUGAAGUCCAUCUAUGACAUGAUGGGCCGCCACACCUACCCUAUUCUGCGAGAGGACGCGCCACUGGAGCACGUGGAGAGGUUCUUCCAGAAAAUGGACCGGAAUCAGGAUGGGGUGGUGACCAUCGACGAGUUCCUGGAGACCUGUCAGAAGGACGAGAACAUCAUGAGUUCCAUGCAGCUGUUCGAGAACGUCAUCUAGGACUUGUGCGUGGGGAAGGUGGAGGGGUUGCUGAGUGGCUGUCGCCACCUCUGCCCCCAAAGAAACCUCAGUCCUGCCAGGAGCAACCUCCAUGAGAAACUUUUUUCUAAUAUAUUUGCACAAAGUGAAUAGUUUGCUCCACACACACACACAAACAUUCCCCCCCCCCUACACACACACACCCUUCAUCUGGGCUGGCAGGUGGGGGGACAGAGGUGAGAAAGGGGCCAGGUCUGGCUGGGAGCUGAGUCCGGGGCAUGAGAGCCACACAGCUCCCAGCACCUGCCCCCCAGGCCUCUGGGUGGACAGCUGAAAGAGAGGCGUCUUCAGGCCGCCAGCCACUGGGUCAUCUACAGGUGAGGAUCCAGCCUCCACAGCUAAGGCCCCAGCCCUGUGAGCCCACUUGCCCGCCCCUCCCUUCUGCCGCCCUUCUUUCCCCCUACACUCACAGGCCCCGGGGGCUGCUCUGACCUGCUUGUCCCCCAGCCACUCCCUGCCCACCAAUGACCCUUCCAGAAUGGCCCUCAGCUCAGGACCCCAGAGGGGCAGCGCAGGGUCAAGGGAAUUCAGCCCAGGAAAGAGGUGGCACUUAGAGCCUGCUGCUUCCUGGAACCGCUCUCCUGGGUGUCAGGACACCCACCGUCCACUGAGCUGGUGUGAGCCCCAGUGGGGACGCACCAGCGGGCACUGCUCUCCCCCACCCAGUAAGGGGGCUUCCAGUCUGGGGACUGGGUUUCUUGGUGGGAAUCUGACGGGACCUCUCUGCCAAUGCUGCCUCCCUCGCCCCAGCUGGCUCAGUGAGGGCACAGCAGGGGUCGCUGCCCACAGCCCUCAGGUACCCAGGUCAUCAUUCAGGGGUCCUGAGAAGGUCCCAGGGCUCAGGGCCUGGCAGCCAGGGAGCCCAGGGGCCAAGCAGGCCUGGGAAGGGGCUUCUCUCUCCUGUUGGCCCCCAGCUCCCUUGCCCCCCCCCCCCCAGCUUAGAUGAGCCCCCCUCUUCGUGGUCAGGGUCCUGGAGCCAUGUGGCCUCCCCUCCGCACUCAGGCUCACCCCAGCCCCAUGCACAAAGCACAGAAGCUCAGGCUGCAGCCCCCGAGGGGAGCCCAGACAGUCUGCUUUUCAGGGCCAGGCCUCCCGGUGGGCUGAGGCUCGGGCCCCACCUGC